GGGCGGGCGGGGGCCCGAGCCCGGAGGCCGCGCGGCUGGGCGCACGUCGAGGAGUGAGGCGCCGCGUAAGGCACGGCCGGGCUGCAGGCCCGCGACCCCGGCGGCUGGACAGAGGUCGAGCUGUCGAGAGGGCAGAGCCACGGGGCUUGCAAGAUGCUGGCUGUCCCGGAGAUGGGCCUGCAGGGACUGUACAUUGGCUCCAGCCCUGAGCGGUCCCCAGUGCCCAGCCCGCCCGGCUCCCCAAGGACUCAGGAAAGCUGCAGCAUUGCCCCACUCACGCCCUCGCAGUCCCCAAAGCCUGAGGCCCGAGCCCCCCAGCAGGCACCCUUCUCCGUGGUGGUGGCCAUUGACUUUGGCACCACAUCCAGCGGCUAUGCCUUCAGCUUUGCCAGUGACCCCGAGGCCAUCCACAUGAUGAGGAAAUGGGAGGGCGGGGACCCGGGCGUGGCCCAUCAGAAGACCCCGACCUGCCUGCUGCUGACCCCGGAAGGCGCCUUUCACAGUUUUGGUUACACUGCCCGUGACUACUACCAUGACCUGGACCCCGAGGAGGCACGAGACUGGCUCUACUUCGAGAAGUUCAAGAUGAAGAUCCACAGCACCACUGAUCUCACCCUGAAGACCCAGCUAGAGGCAGUAAAUGGAAAGAAAAUGCCAGCCCUGGAGGUGUUCGCCCACGCCCUGCGCUUCUUCAAGGAGCAUGCCCUUCAGGAGCUGAGGGAGCAGAGCCCAUUGCUGCCCGAGGAGGACACCGUGCGCUGGGUGUUGACGGUGCCUGCCAUCUGGAAACAGCCAGCCAAGCAGUUCAUGCGGGAGGCUGCCUACCUGGCUGGCCUGGUGUCACGAGAGGAUGCAGAGCAGCUACUCAUCGCUUUGGAGCCUGAGGCUGCCUCUGUCUACUGCCGCAAGCUGCGUCUGCACCAGCUUGUGGACCUGAGCGUCCGGGCCCUGGGCGGCAGGCACCUGGGUGAGCGCCGCUCCAUUGACUCCAGCUUCCGGCAGGCCCGCGAGCAGCUGCGCAGGUCUCGCCACAGCCGCACCUUCCUGGUGGAGUCGGGCGUCGGAGAGCUAUGGGCAGAGAUGCAAGCAGGAGACCGCUACAUGGUGGCAGACUGUGGGGGAGGCACGGUGGACCUGACCGUGCACCAGCUGGAGCAACCCCAUGGCACCCUCAAAGAGCUCUACAAGGCGUCAGGUGGCCCAUAUGGCGCAGUGGGUGUGGACCUGGCCUUCGAGCAGCUGCUGGGCCGCAUCUUCGGCGAGGACUUCAUCACCACCUUCAAAAGGCAAAGGCCAGCAGCGUGGGUAGAUCUCACCAUCGCCUUUGAGGCCCGCAAGCGCACGGCGGCGCCGCACCGUGCUGGGGCCCUCAACAUCUCGCUGCCCUUCUCCUUCAUUGACUUCUACCGCAAGCAGCGAGGCCACAACGUGGAGACAGCCCUGCGCAGGAGCAGUGUGAACUUCGUGAAGUGGUCCUCACAGGGGAUGCUCCAGAUGUCCUCCCAGGCCAUGAACGAGCUCUUCCAACCCACGGUCAGUGGGAUCAUCCAGCACAUCGAGGAGCUGCUGGCGCGGCCGGAGGUGCAGGGCGUGAAGCUCCUGUUCCUGGUGGGCGGCUUCGCAGAGUCAGCAGUGCUGCAGCACGCGGUGCAGACGGCGCUGGGCGCUCGCGGCCUGCGCGUUGUGGUGCCGCACGACGUGGGCCUCACCAUCCUCAAAGGCGCCGUGCUCUUCGGGCAGGCGCCGGGCGUGGUGCGGGUGCGCCGCUCGCCGCUCACCUACGGCGUGGGCGUGCUCAACCGCUUCGUGCCCGGGCGCCACCCGCCGGACAAGCUGCUGGUUCGCGACGGCCGCCGCUGGUGCACCGACGUCUUCGAGCGCUUUGUGGCCGCCGAGCAGUCGGUGGCGCUGGGGGAGGAGGUGCGGCGCAGCUAUUGCCCGGCGCGCCCGGGUCAGCGGCGCGUGCUCAUCAAUCUGUACUGCUGCGCCGCCGAAGACGCGCGCUUCAUCACCGACCCAGGCGUGCGCAAGUGCGGAGCGCUCAGCCUUGAGCUCGAGCCGGAGCCCGCCGACAGCGGCCCUGACACUGCGGGAGCGUCCCCUGGCCGCCGCGAGAUCCGCGCCGCCAUGCAGUUUGGUGAUACCGAGAUUAAGGUCACCGCUGUCGACGUCAGCACCAAUCGCUCCGUGCGCGCCGCCAUCGACUUUCUUAACAACUGAGGGCACGCGGGGCGCGGCGCCGCCCACCUCCUCCCGUUCCCCGCCCCAUGCCCUCCUACGGUCCCAGGGAUUGGGGAGCGGACAGUCGGUCCUGCUGUUCUGAUGCCAACGUCCCUUUUUCCCGCCCUCCUCCUCGGGCAGAUCAGGUCACAGGAGGGUGGUAGGGACACAUCCAGAGAGACUGGCUGGAAGGCUGGAUGGCUUAAGGGUGCUGCCAAGGUCUGUGAAGGCAAGGGAGACUUGGCAGACGUUUGCAGGGCAGCACACCCAGACUGGCAGAGGGCAUGUGACCCCAAAGGCAUAAUGAACCAGAAUGAGUCCUGGCCUAAACCGGGGGGGUGAAGGAUGGGUUGGGGAGGGGUUAAGGUAGGCUACAAGGGGAGCAGCAAGAUACGACCCUGAUGGGGUCAACUCAUGAGGGAGCAGGCAGAGCAGCCCUGUGCCCUGCGCAAGUGAUGAAAGCAGACACUAAAGGGACAGGGGUAGUAGGGCCUUCCUGGGUAUGGUAUUGACCCAAGUACCACUGUUAAUAGGCAGUAACUGAUUAAUGGAGA